AACACUAUUACUGAUGAUAAUAAUUGUUGUUCCUGCUCUUAUUGUGAUACAACCAUUAGUAGCGGUACAACAACAACCACAUCUAAUAUAACAAAUCAAUGUUAUUGUUGUUUGAAUAAAUCUUCCACAUCCUCAUCCGCAUCCGCAUCAUCAUCUUCAACAUCCGAAUCACCAAGUUGUCAAUUGACCUGUGGUAGUUGUAAUAGUAGUGAUACUCAUAACACUGAUGAUGAUAAUAAUGACCAUGAUGGAAUCAUUGUGAAAUCAUUUCCUAUCGAUAAAAUAGAUAAUGAUGAUGAUGAUGGUCAUGGAAAACAACAACAACAACAACAAGAUGAAACAACAUUGAUAUUUAUUACUGAUCCUAAUGUUGAUUUGAAACAAAAAUUAUUAAAACGGAAAUGUUUUCGUAAAAGAAAAACAACCAAAACAACAACAACUACUACUACUACUACGAUUGAAUUGGAUGAAAUAGUUACUACUACUAAGACAAAUGAUGAUGAUGAUGAAGAAUAUGGUUUGCAUCAUCAUCAUCAAUCAUCACGUGACUGGAAAACGAUAUCAUUGAUGGAAAUGAAACAAUUACCGAACCAUGUUGGUGGCGGUAGUGGUGAUGGUGGUGGUGAUGAUGAAGAGGAGAAAAAAUCCAAAAGAAAAUUACCAUUCAAACGACGUGUUGAAUUUAUUAUGGAUCAUCAUCGUAGUUAUCGUAAUCAACAUCAUCAUCAUGGUCGUCAUCCUGUUAAUGAUGGUUUGUUGGAUGAUCAACGAAUCAACGAAUCAGUCGUUGUUUCGGUUGAUGGUCAUAAUGAUGAUGAUAAUAAUCAAUAUGAUUUGGGAGAUAACAAACGGCAAAAAUAUGAAAUGGAAAAUAAUGAUUCAAUUGAUGAAUCGAUGAUCGAAGACGAUGAAGAAGAUGAUGAUGAAGAAACCAAAACUCAAUUACGUCGUGAAUCUGAUUUGCUUAGAUUUUUACGUUCAUCAUCAACAACAACUACGACAACCAAUCAACAUCAACGUUCAUCAUUAUCAUCAGCUUAUAAUACAUUUCGUGCCUCAAAACGUUCACAAAUGCAUCGUGUUAGUUUAUUAGGACGGCCAAUACAUUGUCGUCCACAUCGUCAUAUAACAAAUCCACGUUAUAAACAAUUACAAAAUGAUUUACAUAAUUUUCUUGAACGACCACGUGGUUAUUCACCAAUGUUUUAUCAUUUAAUAAUGUUUUUUAUGGUGUUUGCUUGCCUGGUUCUUACCGUAUUCUCAACGAUCGACCAAUAUGAAGAGGUGGCAUCACGUAUUCUACUCAAGAUGGAAAUUGUUAUGGUAGUUUGGUUUGCCAUUGAAUUUAUGCUUCGUAUGUGGUCGGCUGGUUGUCGUUCCAGGUAUCAAGGAUGGAUGGGUCGGCUUCGUUUUUUACGCAGUCCAUUCUGUGUUAUAGAUUUGAUUGUGAUAGUAGCUUCCACUGUAGUACUUUCAUUGGGCAGUUCAGGUCAAGUGUUUGCUGCAUCGGCAUUACGUGGCCUUCGUUUUUUUCAAAUUUUACGUAUGGUUCGUAUGGAUCGUCGUGGUGGUACUUGGAAAUUAUUAGGAUCUGUUGUAUAUGCUCAUCGACAAGAAUUAAUCACAACUGUUUAUAUUGGUUUUUUGGGUCUAAUUUUUUCAUCAUUUUUAGUAUAUCUUUCUGAAAAAGGUGUUCAUCCUGAAAAAUUUAACAAUUAUGCUGAUGCCUUAUGGUGGGGUGUGAUAACAUUAAGCACAGUUGGCUAUGGUGAUCUUGUUCCACAAACAUGGCCAGGAAAAUUAGUCGCAUCAUUUUGUGCAUUAUUAGGCAUCUCAUUUUUUGCCUUACCUGCCGGUAUUCUUGGAUCCGGUUUUGCGCUCAAAGUACAACAACAACAACGACAAAAACAUAUGAUACGAAGACGUGUUCCAGCUGCAACAUUAAUACAAUGUCUUUGGCGUUGUUAUGCAGCCGAUGAAAAUUCAAUGUCAAUUGCAACAUGGAAAGUUCAUCAAGUUCCAUUGCCUAGUCCGUCUGUCAGUUUUAAGCACAAUACAUCAUUUGUGAGUCGUUUUUCAACAAUUCGUCGUUCACAUAAAUCAGCAACACAUUCACCAUUAACACGUUCUGGUGGUCGUUAUGGUGGUGGUGGUGGUAAUAAUGGUGGUCAAACACCUGGUCCUGGUCAAUCAACAUUUGAAACAUCAGCAAGCAAUAUACGUGAAGAUUCAUUAAUCAGUACAACAAUUGGUGGACGUGAUUCACGUUUACCUGGAAGUGUUAGCGAAGAUAGUGUUAUUGCUAAAGAAUUAUCUGAAUUUUCUAAACGUAAUUCUGAUGAGAAUAGAUUGGACAGACAGGAUGAUAUUGAGAAUAGUGGUAAUAAUAAUAAUGAUGAUAAUAAUGGUGGACAGCAACAACAACAACAACAACAUCAAUCGACAACAGAAGGAAUGCCAUAUAUAAAUCUAUGUCAAAUGUUACAAAAAGAAUAUCAAAAUCCACCAUUUUUAACAUUAACACCAACAUUUUUUCAUGGUCAUCAUAAUCAAAAUUUUCCAUUAUUUCCAACAUCGACAUCAACAGCCACCGCAUCAGCCAUUCGUUCAUAUUGUCAACCAACAUUGUUUGAUGCGGUCGAUCAUCAACAUCAUCAAUGUUCAGAUGAUGAUAUUGAAGAACAUCAGCCAAGAUUUACAGUAUUAACUAAACAACAUAAAAAUGCUAUUCGUUGUCUUCGUAAGAUUAAAUAUUUUGUUGCAAGAAGAAAAUUUAAAGAAGCAUUAAAACCGUACGAUGUUAAAGAUGUUAUUGAACAAUAUUCAGCUGGUCAUGUUGAUCUAUUAGCCAGAGUGAAAAAUAUUCAAACCAGACUGGAUUCAAUUCUAGGUAAAGUCGGAUCAAAAGCUAAAGAUGUUUAUGAAUCAAAAGUUAGUUUAGCAUCACGGAUUGUUAAAGUUGAACGUACUGUUGAAGAUAUUGAAACAAAAUUAGAAAAUCUUUUGGAAAUGUAUAUGGAAGAUAGAAAAUUACGUAAAAAUCAACAACAACAACAACAAAUGCAACCACCACCAUCACCACCUCAACCACCUUCAUCACAAUCAUAUCGUUCAUGUGAUUAUGGUGGAUGUUUUGAUAAUGAUUAUCGAAAAAUGCAUCAUUCAUUAUCGCAGCAACCAUAUUAUCAUCAUCAACAACACCAUCAACAUCAUCAUCAACAACAACAGCAAUAUCACCAGCAAAUGUCUUCAAAACAAUCACCAAAACAACAACAACGAAGCUCAAAUAUUCCGAAUUGUUCCAUUCCUGAUGAUAAUGUUGAUAAAGAUGAUUCUGUUGUUGUUGUUGAUGUUAAAGAUCGUGCAAUAACCAAUCAAAUCGAUAAUAUUCUAGCCAAUUUACCAUGCCAAUCAUCAUCAUCAUCAUUAUCAUCUAAAUCAAUAACUGCCAUAACCACAACCAAAUCAUCAAUUGGUCAUCAUCAACAUUCAUAUCAUCAUCCGUCCUUGGAUAUCAAUGAUGAUGAUGAUAAAUUGAUUUGUCCAGAAUCAAAAGCAUUAUCACCACCAGCAAUAACAACAACAACAACAACAACAGCGACAACAACAACAACAACAACAUCAUCAUUGUUUUGUUUAUGUACACCGAAUAAUUCAACAAUGACAACCCAAACAAUGACAGUUGCAACUGCAUUCGGUAGUCAACAAACAAAAUGUCUGAAAUGUUCAAAUAUGAAUCAAGAAUGUGAUUUAUGUUCAAUUAAACAAUUUAUCGAUGAUCAACAACAACAACAAUAUCCAAUUGAUUCAUUGAUUAUGGCUGAAGAUAAUCAUCAUUCAACUAACACAUCAUCAUCGACGGCGGCGGCGACGACUAUGACCGAAUUAAUAUCAUCUUCAAACAAAUCCACUUCGACAACAACAGCAACCAAUAAUUUGAACAACAACAACAAGAUGACAAUGGAACUACAACAACAACAACAGCGACAGCGACGACAACGACCACGUACAAUCAAUCAACAUCGUCGUGUUGAUUCGGUACCAACCAAUCUACAAACAAAUCGUUAUUCAAAACGUAAAGUAACUAUUAGACAUUCAUUGGAUAUUGUUUUACCGACAUCUUCAUUCGCUGAAGCAAAUGUCGGACAACAACAACAGCAACGAAGAAACGGCAACAUCAAUGAUAAUUUACGAAGAAUUUGUUUGGCUAAUCUUCAUCAACCGAAUCAAACAACAGCAACGGAUUAUUCUACUCAACAACGUUUCGGAAGUAUAACAUUAUUAGCAACAGCAACUGGAUCAACACCAGCCAUACAACUUGAAACUGAAGAUGAUUAUCGUGAAAAUUUUCAUCGACAAAUUCAACAUUCAAAUUCGGACCAAAGAUUAACAUCCUCAUCAUCAUCAUCAUUUUAUCAACAAAAUUGACAACAACAAAUUAUGAUAUGAAUAUAUUGAUCUCAAAAAAAUUGUUAGCAAA